GCUGCGUCUUAUCGUUGGGCCCCGCGACAAGAUGGCGGACCUCUCUCUGGACGAGCUCAUACGGAAACGCGGUGUGACGGUGAAAGGGAGGCUUAACACAAGGCCAGUGUUUGGAGGUGUAAGAUCUCGCAUUGGGAUCCAGCAAAAUCUUCUAAAUAGAUCAUCACCAGCUGUCAGCUUCCAGCGGACGUUUGAUGCCCGACAGAAGAUAGGACUCACUGAUGCCAGACACAAACUGGGGGUUAAAGAUGCCCGUGAAAAACUGGUUCAAAAGGACGCUCGGUUCAAAAUCAAAGGGAAGGUGCAGGAUGCUCGAGAGAUGUUGAAUUCCCGUAAGCAGCAAAGUGUUGCUGCUGAAAAGGUGACCAAAGUUGUGGAUGCCAGAGAGAAGAUCAGCUUGAAAAGGAGCGCUCCAGCUGCUAUCAGCCCAACUAUGGGGACAGUAAAUCCAGCCGUGAAAAUCACCAAAACUAUCCAACAGAAGGCUCCAGUUCCUGGACACUUUGCAGGAAUGAAGAUCAAUGUGGUGAACAACCAUACACACAAACAGGGUCUGUAUGACAUGGAAGAUGAUGAUGAAAGUGUCUCUCCUCUUACUAGCAAACAGAUGAAAAUCACCACCACAAACAGUUUCCUGCACAACGCGACUGGGAUGAGUGGCAAUAAAUUCUCUCUGUCCAAGACUGUUCCGCUGACUAAAGUGGUCCAGAAUGAUACGUACACAGCUCCACCUGCACCUCCCUCUCCUAUGCGGACAAAGGCCUUGACAAACGUGUCCCGGACCUUAGUGACAAAGGAAGAGCCUCCAAAAGAACCAGCACCUGUUGAGCUGGCGUUCAGUCCUUUGGAAGGCACAAAAAUGACCGUAAACAAUCUGCAUCCUCGAGUCACAGAGGAAGACAUUGUUGAAUUAUUCUGUGUGUGUGGUGCUCUGAAGCGAGCCCGGCUGGUGCACCCUGGAGUGGCUGAGGUAGUAUUUGUGAAGAAAGAAGAUGCUAUCACAGCAUAUAAGAAAUACAACAACAGAUGCUUAGACGGUCAACCAAUGAAAUGCAAUCUUCAUAUGAACGGGAAUGUCAUCACCUCAGACCAGCCUAUAUUGCUCCGAUUGAGUGAUACCCCUUCAGUGAAGAAGGAAGGGGAACCACGCCGGUCAAGUGCAAGCGCCUCCUCAAAUCCCCCAGCUGAAGUGGACCCUGACACUAUCUUGAAGGCACUCUUCAAAUCCUCAGGGGUCUCUGCCUCUGUGCAGCCCACAGAAUUCAAAAUUAAACUCUGAGAAGGGGGAGCAAGCAGUGGACUGGAAAACUCAUUUAAGUUGGGGAAUGAGAAAAGUGCAGGAGUGCAGAUGUUAUUUGCAUUUGCCUGCCUUGAAAUUUUUUGUUUUCUAUGAUCGCUACCUUACUGUACAAUAGUGUUUCCCCUUGUGUGUGUACUUUCUGUUUUCAUAGUUGGAGUUUUCUUCCAUGAUUUUUUUUUUUUUUCCAAAAGAAUAACCUCCCCCUUCUGCCAGUAAUGUAUUACCAAGCAUAUACCAUGUAACUCCCUUCCUUUACUCCAGAGCCCCUAGUGGCCAUUAAAAGUGCACAUAGACUUUGAGGGAA